ACCUCAAAUCUGGUAUUCCCUCCAACAAUAGUCACCAUAUUUGUUUUCCCAAUUUUGUCGAAUUCUUCUUGGCCUCUUCUUUGCAUGCGUCUACCUCGCUGCUCAGACCCCCCCAAAGAGGCUUGCUUCCAGAAAGGGUUGAACCAGAAAGGCUUCAACCAAUUCCUUAAUUCGUUGAAUACCAGCACUCAACAAAAUGCGCAGGCUGGACGUGCAAUCCAAAAACCAAUUCUCCGAUCCUCUCCAAGGCACAAGAAACCUGAAGGUCUUUUAGAACGUAAUGAAAUGCAAUGUCAUAGUGCCCCAAAACUCGAGCUCCGAAAAUCUCCCAGGCUUAAAAGAAAAGAUCGGCCGAGCACUUUGACAGUGGUGCAGGCAUUGAGUGGCUCAAGGUCAAAGAACGUGCAAAGCCAUUCUACUCCCUUGCCCGUCACCCCAAAGCCAAAGCCUAUAUCUGACAUUGUACAAAAACAGAUCAAGCAGAAGAGAAAGCGGGAAGAAUUGGGGUUCGACCUACCCCCUUCUGCACAAAAACUUGUGCUGCAGUUGGUGAAUUCGAAGUGGAAACAAUUCAAGAGUACCCUGACAUGUAAAUAUAUUCUUCCCUUUCGAGAUGAACUUGAGAGGCUGAGGACUCCACCAGAGGACUUCUCUUUCUUAGAGAAGAAUCAUUGGGAUAUUUUUGUUGCUGAUCGUCUAAGCCCCGAGUUCUUGAAAGUCCAUGAUGAGCAUGUGAAGAGAGUUAAGGAAAACAAAUAUCCUCAUCGCUUGUCCCGAAAAGGCUAUGCAAACCUGGAACAGGAAUGGGCAAAAACACACAGUGGAGAUGAGUCAGUCAUUGAUCGAUCUGUUACGUGGGUCCUUGCAAGGAAGGACAAAGAAGGAAAUUUCAAGAGUGACUCUACAAAACAGAAGGCGGAGGAAAUUGAGUUCUUAAGGGAACAAGUAUGUUCUGGUGUGCUUACUGAAGAAGGUGAUGAUGAUGUAUUGACCAAGGCUCUUGGGAAGCCCGAGCAUGGUGGAAGAGUUCGAGGGCAAGGAAUGCAUGUGAGGAAGGCUGUGUAUUUCAAUCUCCCGCGGUCAAAGAAGCAGAAGACACAAACAACGGUUGAUGAGCAAGUGAAGGAGGGUGUGAGACAACUUUUGGCAGAGGAGACCUUCUUUGAAGGAAGUAGUCCCGCUGUCCCUUCCCAAGAGGCUAGCUGCUCACCUAAAUUCAGGGAAGGUGGGCAGAAUCAACAAGUGGCAAGGAAGAAUCUAAAGGACUCAUUUGAUGCAGAACUUGAACCACUCAGAGAGAAUAAUGACAUUGGUGAUGAGUGUAAUCAUAUACUGUCCGUGGCUGAGCAUGUUGAUAAGAAACAACAUGAAAAAGAAAGAGAAAAGAAUGAGAGAGAAGAUCAAGAAAUUGAUACUGUGGAGAAGCUUGUGGAAGUUGGAGGACUUAAAGUAGAGAAGAAAGCAGAAAAAGAUGUCUUCGUUGAUGUUGAUUCCGGGGAGAGCCAAAUGGCACAGCUUGCUGUUGGUUUUGUGGACAAUAUUGUUGCACAUGCAAAGGUGUAUGGAUUCUCCCGGAUGGAUGACCUCACCCUACAUGGUGAAAAACUGGGUGAAGAAUAUGCAAAGGUGUCCAUUACAGAAGCAAUAAAAGAUGUUGACAUUCCAGUCCCAAUCCCCGGUGAAGUACUUACUGUUGAACAAGCCAAAGGAACUUUUGUAGCAUGGCCUAAGGAGCUGAUAGUCUUGGAUGUGCUUCCUAAAGGAAAGAGCAAUUUAAAAACUGUCAAAAAGAAAAAGGCCCCUAAAAGAUUGAAAAAGGCACAUGUUCAAGACGAUGAGGAAUGUGGCCAAGAGUUCCAAGUAGAAUUUGGUGCUGAGUGUCCACUACAGUUGAAACGGCUAUGGUUGUGGGCUAAGGAAGCAUUGUCUGAUGAUAGAGCACAUACUUUUGUCCUUAAUAAAGAUGCCUUUGGGGUGGAAAAGAAGUUAUCAGUUUUUCUGAGUGAUAUACAUGCUCUGUGCGCUCGUGGCGAGAUGGUUGGAAGCAUAAUUACAAUAUACAUCCACUGCCUGUAUGAGCUUGUGAAAAAAAACAAAAUGCUUCAGAUGAUCUCUUUCGUGGAUCCUGGCAUGGUAGGGACGCUUGCAUGUGGGAACAUAGGGCAGAGGUCACGCAAGCUUGCUGAUCGCUUUAAGGGGGCCUGUGAUGGACAACACUUUCUAAUACCGUUUAAUGACGUCCUUUCCUUUCUCUCCCUUACUAUCGUCAUGUCAAACACUUCCAACAACCUGUCCAACGAAGAACUCCUAGCCUCCAAUGCUGCUCUCAAGGCCCAAGUUGAGUACUUGGCCAAGCAAGUUGCCCAACUCACUAAGCUCAAGAUAAGCAUGGUGAAUACCCCAGAGGAAAGCGAUGAAGACGAAGAAGUUCACCCCGAAACUAACUCUAGUAACACCGCUAGAGAGGAGAAUCAUGAACGAGGAGCUACCGAUUUCAAGGUUGACAUACCAACCUUUGAAGGGAAGAACGAUCCGGAUGACUUUCUAGAGUGGCUAGAAAUUGUUGAGUGCGUCUUUGACUUCAAAGAUGUACCCGAAGAAAAGAAGGUCAAGAUCGUGGCAUUGAAGUUUCGGAAGUAUGCCUCCACUUGGUGGUCCAACCUUUCCACCAAAAGAAGGCGAGAGAAUAAGGCCCCCGUGAAGACCUGGCUCAAGAUGAGGAGCUAGUUGAAGAAGAAGUUCUUUCCCGAACA